AAUUUAUCUGAUAUAAAUUCUUUUAUUUUCUAUUUAGAUUUAGAUACUGAAGUUGUAACAUUAUUAAUUGAAUUAAAAAAAAAUCAAAAAUUAAAAUCACUUCACAUAGGUAGAAAUUUUAAUAAUACAAAACCAAAAAAUCUACAAAGAAUAGUCAGUGCAAUGAAAGAUCUUGUCUUUGACAGUAAACUUGAAUAUUUAUCAAUUGCUGAUUCAAAAUUACGAGAAAAUACAGCUGAUUUUCUUCAAUCAUUAGUUAAUAAUACAUCAAUAAAAACUCUUGAUAUUCGAGGAAAUUUAAUGAGUGAUACUGGUGCACGUUCAUUAACUCAUGUGAUACAAAUGAAUCGUCAUUUACAUACAAUAUUCUACGAUCGAAAUGUUCUUUCAUUAAAUAAUUUUGAAGAUAUUGUUAAUGCUAUGGAAGAGAAUUAUGUUAUUCAAUAUUUACCGGUACCUAUGACUGAUAUCAUACUAAUGAAAACAUCAGAAAAAGAACGUAUGGAAAAACUUCAAUUUUUAAUAAAUAAACUUGAUUCUCUAUGUAUAAGAAAUCAAGAACAAAAUCAAAAAAUAUCUUCAACUGAUUCUUUACUUGUAACAACAACAGCUAAUUUAGCACAUGAAAUGACUUUAUCAUGGGAAAAUCAACAACAAUUAUUUGCUGAUCAAUUAUCACUUGAAUAUAUUCAAUCAUGUUCAAAUCGACCAAAUAAUAAAAAUGAUGAAUUAAAAUCAAUGUUAACACGACCAGUACAUAUUAAUGAAGUUUCAUCUCAAUUAUAUGAUUUAUAUUUAAUUGAAGAAGAACGUUUAAAAGAUGAUUGGCAAGAUGUGUGUAAAUUAUUUGAACAACGAUUUAUUAGAACACAGGAAAAUUUAUCAAAAAAAUAUUAUCAAUUAUUUAAAGAACAAUCAUUGAUUAAUUAUGAUGAUAAAUUUCAAGACGAAAUUCGAACAUAUUUUUUAAAUUCAAAUAAUGAUAUUAAUCAUUUAUUAAAUCAUGAAAUACCUGCUAAAAUAGCAUCAUAUACACGUGAAUGUUACAUUAAUGUAGCAACAUGUUUACAAAGAAGAGCUUAUGAUACAAUGAAUGAAAUGGCGUAUGAUAUGCAUAAACAAUUGGAAUCGACUAUACUUCGCACAGCCACUCCUUCACCACAAACAUCAGCAGCAGAUGGACAACAACAUCCAUCAUCAACUAUUGAUCGUCUUGUUAAUCGUGGUGCUAAUGUUGUCCAUCGUCUUGCUCAUAAUAAACAUGGUCAUCCUCAACCAGAAUUAAUCGAUGAAACAAUAAAUAAUCGACCAUUAAAAACUACUGAUUCAAAUGAAUAUCUUGCGGAUCCACCACCAAAGACUCCUAGAUCAACAUCAAGAGAUAAUCGUUUAUUACCAUCUACAUCAAAUAAAGUUCCACCUCCAACAUCACCAAAACAAUCAUCAGCUUCUAAUCGUCAUCGAUCAGUUUUAAAUAGUACAAAUGAAUCAGAACCUAUUUCAACGAAUACUAAUCCAAUUUAUAAUAAUUUUUCUAAUCUAAAUCGAACAAGUAAACAAGAUAUUUCAUUAGAAGAUGAAGCUAAUCGUAUUGAACAUGAUUUACUUGAUAUAGUCGAACAAGAACGACAAAAAGAUCAACAAAAAAAUAUACCACCUAAUAUACCAGCGAAAAAAAGAUUAACAUCAUCAGCACAAGAUGAUCCUCUUGAUAUUGAUCUUGAACCAACAACAAGAUUAGUUCAUUUAGGUAAAGAUCGACCUCGUCGUGAUAACGUACGACGACCAGUAAAACGAACAGAUGGUACUUCACAUGAUAGUUCAUCUGAUGGUGGUCUUGAUAAUGAUGAUAAUAGUAUUGGAGAUAUACCACCGACAUCAACAAUUGAAACAUCAAAUAUAAAUCCUCCUAACAUAUCAACUAUUGAUCCACCACCAAUAACAGAAUUACCACCGAAAACAGUAACAAAAUUUAAAGCAGCAUUAAAAUCUUCAAAAACAUCCGCCGAUGAAUCAUCUCCACCACCACCACCACCUAUUCCAGCUAAAACUCAACAAUCAACACGUUCUUCAAAUCUUCAACAACAAACUAGUACACCAUUAUUAACAACAAAUAUUUCAUCAAAAUCAACAAUACAAACUCAUAAUGAUACAUCACAAAUUAUUAAUUCUGAUUCAAUAUGUGAUUCAUCUCAAAUAAAACCUUCAAUAUCAUUGAGUUCACAAACAACAACAUCACCAUUAUCAAAUAAAGAUGAUCAAAAAGAAACAUAUAAUUCAUUAGAAAAUAUACCAUCAUCACACGCACCACCAGUUUUAGCUCGAACAGGCAAAGUAGCUAUUGGUACUCGUGUACUUCCAAUAAUUGAUCCUAGUGGAGAAGCACCACCAGUUAGAUUAAGACAUUUACAAUCAGACAAAAAAGACAGUCCAACAGGAUCUGAUGCCACAUCCGGUGCUGGAGAUUUAUCAACAUCGACCGAUAGUGAAAAAUACAAACGUUUAUCAGUAAAAGAACGAGCUCGUAUGUUAACUACACCUAAUGCUCCAAUGACAUUAAAUGAUAAAAAGACAGCAACAUCACCAUCUAAUACAACAGUUACAUCACCUUAUACACCACGUACUCAUCGUCGAUUAAUUGAACAAGUGAAUCUAUUUUGUUGA